GCGCGCAUCGCAGAGAUCAGUGACGAGAUCGACCGCGUGCUGAGCCAGAGCAACGGCAAGAUUCACAAGGCAGACAGCCUCCCGAAACUCCUUCAGGACAAGAAGCUGGAUGCUCAGCUGAAGGCGAACCUGAAGCGUCUCGAGACGCAGAAGAGGGCGGCCUUGGAUGCUGAGGAUUUCAGCAAGGCCGCUGACAUCAAGAAAGAGAUGGAGAUGUUGCUGACUGCACGGGAGCAUGUGGACUUGCACGACCUGCCCUUGGGUUACUCAGCCACGGACAUCCCGCUGUCGGAGGUGGCGCAUCACAACAAGCCGCACGACUGCUGGAUCGCGAUCUGCGGCGAGGUGUACGAUCUGACAGACUUCCUGCAGCACCACCACGAGCAGCGCAACUCCAUCCUAGCCUGGGCCGGCCGCGAUGCGACGCCCAUCUUCGACAAGAUCCCGGGCCGGUUCCCCUCCAAGCAGUGGAUGUCGGUCCACAUGCGCCCGGAGUUUAAGACCGGCAAGGUGGGCCCGGAGAGGCCGGUAGACCCCGUCAUCAAGCAGCUGAGGGACCUGCACGACGAGCUAAGGCGCCUGGAGGGCCCCUCCAAGGAGGACAUUGAGGCGGCGAAGACGGCCAUGAAGGUGCCGGGCAAGACGGAUGCGCCGACCCUGUCGGAGGAGAGCCGCUUCCCCAAGUUGGCGGAGAUCUCAGCUGGCAAGGACCUGCCAUUCUUCUCCCGUGCCGAGGUUGCUAAGCACAACACAGCGGAGGAGCCGUACAUGAUCAUCCACAACCGCGUCUACAACUUGAAGCCUCUGCUGGGCAGCCACCCCGGCGGCGACGACAUCCUGAUGUCCAAGGCGGGCACGGAUUGCACCAAGGACUUCGAAGUCUUCGAGCAUUCGGAGAAGGCCCGAGUGCAGCGAGAUCGCGACUUGUUGGUGGGCCAGCUGGUGCCGGCGGAGAACACGGACUGGUCGGAGACGGCAGCAGUGCAGCAGGUGGUCGGUGAGGAGACCUCUGAGAUUGGCCGGUACCUGAAGUACAAGAUCUCAGACGUGGCAGCUGCGGCUGUGGUCUGGUACCUGUACAAGACCUUCCAGAGCCGCAAGCCUUUGUCGCAGUUCACCUACAGCCGGGCCCUGAGGCACCUGCACCUCAUCAUGGCCGUGGGCAUCUUCGGUGCUGUGGGCACCGCUCAGGCCGCAUCCUACUCGGAGGGUCAGGCCAAGAAGCAGAUGCUCUGGUGGCACAAGCAGACGGGCAUCCUGAUGCUGGUGGCGCUUGUCUUCCGUGUGAUCUUCCGAAUGCAGAGCGGCAUCCCACCGCGCUUCCCUGGCCACCCUAUCGUGCAGAUGAUCGAGACACAGAGCCUGCGGGCCUUCUACGCCUUCGCCCUGCUGCUGCCUGUGUCCGGCAUCGCCAACGAGUACUUCCUCAAGUGGGCACCGGGCUCCGACAAGACCGGCAACGCAGAGGACGAUCGCAGGAACGACCGCCUCGCCAAGCAGUCCAUUGAUGCCCACAAGGUCCUGGGCAAGGUGCUGCAGUACGCCUGGCUGCCCUUCCACCUGGGCUACACCACCCUCUACCACUACUCCCAGGGCCGGGGGGUCGUCCGCAAGGUCUCUCCAUUCAUUUGA